CUGCCGGGUAUGGGGCACCCAUCGGUCCGGCGCACACUCAGAGGCCGCCGCCACCAACUGCCACCAAUCUAUCUUCAGAGCUACUGACGCAUUAACCUUGCCAGGUCUAGCUGCCGUCGACGCCACCACGACGCCAAACAACACCGCCAUCCUGCACUCGUCCAUCAACACACGCCCAGCAGCGUGAAAUAUUGGAAACGACAUGUUUAGCUAUAUAAAUUAUGUGGGAAAACAAAAAAGCUGAAUCAAAUGCAGACAGCAAUGUGGAAAGAAUCUUCACAUCAUGCAAGAUACUAAAAGAAAAAACUAUGGGGAAAUGUAGGCUUUCCCCAACACAAAGUGUUGUUUGCAGAAUCAAAUGCAGGCAGCAAUGUAAAACUUACAUCUCCUAAACAUCUCUUUUGCGCUGAACCAACAUAGGAACUAUCAGCCUUUCUAUACUUCUAAAGUAGACUGGCUAGCCAUGAGCACUUGAUAACAUCAGACUUGGAUGAAUGAAAAUCAAACGACAUAUCUCAUUUCAAAAAUAUUUACUACUUCAUCAACGAAUUACUGGUGAUAUUGAUUUCAAUACCGGAUAAACAAAAAACAUGAACCAACACAUAUAAAAAGCAUGCAAGAUCUUACGGUUCAGUUUCUCAAAUGAUGUGUAUCAGGAAGCUACAUAAAAUAUGUGUGUUAAGAAUCUCGCGAUGAUCUGGAGAGGAGGGCAUGCAGCAAAACCUGAACAAUAGAAAAUAUCCUGUGAAGGAUCCUAGCCUUUAGGCUUUAGCCCUCAAGGCUAGCUGCCACUGAUUCAUAAAGCUUCUAUGUAAAUUCGGCCUGCGUACCCAAGGAAAAUAUUCUUUGCCCAGCCUGACGGAUAACCAAAUUACAAAGAGCUAUAUGAUCAUUGAAUAUUAAAUAUGAAGCAAGUUAUUUGAAGAAAUGUUAAAUUAAGAAAUACGCAGAUCUGAAAGUAAAGAAUUCAUUGCAACUUCGAUUUUUUUUAAGUUAUAGUUUGUCUUUGUUGUUCAGCAUGACAACCCCUAGUGGCAGGUUUUACCCUCACAAAAGGAUAUGCUUAUCAGUGAGUAACUGUAAGCAUCAUGCUGUAAUCACAUCUUAUAAUUUCCUUUGUAUUCAAUCGGGGUUUGAAUUCCCAUGUGACUUUGCUGUUGCAGUUCAUCCAGAAUCGUAGAAUCCAGUGUGGUCUGUAGCAAGGUAUGCACACACUAGACUGGCCAGUGAGUAUAAUGUGCUUUCUCUUCCCCGCAGAAUAUAUUUCUUCACUGAGUUUCUUAAUACAUUUUUUGGGGUAUCUAAACCAAUACUCCCUCCGUCCGAAAAAAGUUGUCACCAUGUACAUUUUGCAAAAAACACCCCCAGCUUCCCCCGACACAAUCCGCACUCCAGCCGCCCAUUCUUCCCCUCGCUACCCCAUUCUUUCACUGCUUGCUCGCCGGCGACGCCGUGACAUCGCGCCGCCUCGAUCCCUUCCUCCCCCUCCCCCCCCCCCUCGCCCUUCCCCCCCCCUCCCCACCUCUGCCCACGCCGGUGCCACCUUCUUCCCCCAUGCCUUGUUUGAAGCUUGGAAUUUUGCCCGAAGGUUGGAUUUUUGUGCGGCGGCCUAGCGAGGUGUCCAUCCCCGAGGACCACUAGCCAUGGCGGCCGCCGUCCAUGUCUACCUCCUCCGUCAGCCUCCUCCUCGAGUGCCCCCUCCUCCGUCUGCCGCCUCGUCAACCCGGUCUCUUCUCCUCGCCGUGGCGCUCCCCCCUCUCCGCUCCUCCCUCCGCGUCGGCACCUGCCAACUACCCAGCGACCCCUGCUGGCCCUCUCGUCCGACCACCUGCUCGCUGUCAACCAUGAAGCCCUCCCCCUCCAUGGACGUCGUCGACCCAAGCACUGGGAAGCACGGGUGGUCAAGGUGGAGGAGCUCGCCGGAGCACUACGCGCUCAAGGCGUCCACAACACCUCCACGUGCUCAAGUCCAGAGCUCGCCGGAGCUUCAGAUCCAGAUGAAGGCUCAAUGCUGCAUUGUUGACUGGCACAUCAGGGGCAACCAGCAGACCAUAAAAUUACAAAUGAUUUCUCCGCGGAGCGGAAGAUUGGUGGAGGUCCAUUCGGAAACGUUUAUAAGGUUUGGUUAUUUUCCUUUAACAUCUUCUAUCCUUUCCACCAAUGUCCAUUCGGAGUACUCAUAUCUUUGUAUCUAUGGGAUUAAUAAUACAGCGUGUUGUGCCAGAUGAUGGCAGAGUGAUUGCGGGGAAGAAACAUCAGCAAAACGCACCGAUGCCGCCUGACAAGACAUUCAACAAUGAGGUUCAGAACAUUAGGGCAUUACCUUUAGAUUUUUCUACACUUCCAUGUUUGGAGCUAGGACAUUUUGAUCUCCAAAUGCUAGUUUGACAUUUCACUAGCAAUUCUGAAAUACUCAUGCUAAAGAUUGCAGGAAAAUGCUUUUCUCUCUAUAGUUUGAGCCACAUCUAUAGUGUGAUCCUUUAAAUUCAGAUCAUGUAUUCCUGGGAGUUGUCUGAAUUUUUUUGUUAGAACUUGGGAGUCGUACAUGACCUAUAGAACAUCUAAAGUUCCGUUAGAAGAUUCUGUAGUUCAAGGUUUGGUCCUCGGCCGUCUGUUUCUGCUAUCUCCAAAUAUUAAAUGUGUGUAGUUUGCUCCACGGCAACUACACAUACUGUCAAAACUGACAAGAUGUUAUACUAUUGUCAAAACUGAAAACUGCUGUCAUUUUAACUGAAUUUCUCUAAAGACAUAAUUGAAGUGGCUAGUCCUGGAU